AUGUCGAAAGAAGGAGCUAGUAAGCAAUGCCAAGACAGUGGUAGAGAACUAAACAAGGGAGUUCAUUUGAAAAGAUCUUUAGGUUACUUCGAUAGUGUGUGUUUUGUAAUUGGGAGCAUUGUAGGAGCUGGGAUUUUUGUAUCUCCUGCAGGAGUUCUGAAAUAUUCACAGCUUAACGUUGGUGUGGCUCUAUGUAUAUGGGCUGCUUCUGGAGUCUUGAGCAUGAUGUGUUCCCUCUGUUACGCAGAAUUGGGUUCUGCAUUGCCAUAUACUGGAGGGGAAUACUUUCAUGUAAAUCGAGGACUUGGAUCUCUACCAGCUUUCAUCUUUAUCUGGACUUUAACAUUGUUUAUACGGCCUGCAUCCAACGCAGCCCGUGCCCUGACUUUUGCAGAAUAUGUCACCAAGCCAUUUUAUUCUGGAUGUCCAGUACCAGAUCUUCUGAAGAAAAUAAUAGCUAUUGGCAUCCUUUGGGUUCUAGGAAUCAUAAAUACUAUGAGUGUAAAGAUUUCAACCUGGGUACAGAAUAUAUUUACUGUGCUGAAAAUGAUGGCACUGAGUCUAAUUGUGAUUGCUGGACUUGUACUACUUGGGACAGAUAAAGGCAAUUCAGAAAACUUUAAAGAUGCUUUCAUCGGUCAAGUUCCUAACGCAGUACAAAUUGCAGAGUCAUUCUAUCAAGGUCUAUAUGCAUUUUCAGGGUGGAACUAUUUGAAUUACCUCGCUGGUAUGUAUACACAUUCAUUUUUUUAUUGUAUGCAUUUUAUUUAAUGUUUGUUACACAUAGCAUGUGUGCUUGCCUAUUUAGUGUCACCUUGUACAGUAACAUAAACACUAGACUAGUGCAUUCAUUUUCAAACAAAUUGUGAGUCAUCUGAAUAUUGGGAGAUAGGUUGUUAAUGCAAAAUCCAAAAGUCCGAAACGCAUUAUGAGUAAAUCACAAAACAAACAAGACAUACAAUGCAUGAAACAGUUUGAUUCAUGAUUCCACUCAUUGUGCCAAAAAAAAAAAAAAACAGAUGAAUGAUGGGAAAAAUGAUGACUGAUGGUUAGGGACAGCUACUAAAUGUUGAGUUUUUUUCCCAGGUCAAAUAGUAUUAUGUAAUAAAUAUAUUUGCUACUUCUCCUCCUCCCCUCCCCCAUUUUUUUCCCCUUGGUCUUACUUGAUCUAAGAACAAAAUGGCACAAAAAUUAGCCUAUCGGUGUAUAUUGCACUUAUCACUGUUUGUAUUUUGCAGUACACCGAUUGACCAAUUGUUACAUCACUGUGGUUCAUCCAAUUUUCUUCCUCCUGAAACUAUCACAUGGAUGAAAUUUGUUCGAACUAAAAAGCUACAAAUCAACCUAAAACAUUGGAUGAAAGUGUGAAACAUCAGGUAAGAAAUUGGGUGAACCAUUUUUUUAAAUUUUUUUUUACCUUGCACUAGUCUAAUAAACAUUGUUUAAUUUUUAACAGACAUGAACAAACAAUCGAGAGGAAAUAAAUAAAGAAAACAAGUAGACAAAAAGAUUGGGAUGAUCCCCAAUAUGCCAGUCACUACAUGUAGUGUGGUUGAGUGGACCAUGGUCUGACAGGAAGUGCUCACUGAGAGUAACAAGCACUUCCUGUCAGACCAGGUCUGCUCAGCCACGCUAAAUGGAGGUGAGCAGGUAUAAAAGGGGAAGGGAAUGGGGAAAUGAGUCACAAGGAGGAGCUGGGGGGGAAGGGAGGAGAUUGAGACACAUGAAGGAAUUGAGGAGGAUGAAAAAUAUGGAGGCACUGGGGGAUACAUAGAGUAGCUGGGGGAUAAUCAGACACAUGGAGGGUGGUGUCUAGUUACACUUCAAGAUGUACUUGUAAGUACAUACAGCAUCACCUACUUAUAAGAUGCAGAGUGUUACUCUGAUGCACCAUGUGUUAUUUUAUAGAGUUUGAUAGUUUACCCACUUCUCUAUGAGUAUUGAUGUCCCGAACGGUUCGCCACAGACGGCGAACAUAUGCGGUAAACUUUGACCCUGUACCUCACAGUCAGCAGACACAUUCCAGCCAAUCAGCAGCAGACCCUCCCACCUCCUGGACAGCUCACUAAGAAUGCAGCUUCACAAUGAAUGUAAAAUGGAUGCUGUCCAGGAGGUGGGAGGGGCUGGGAGGGAGGGUCUGCUGCUGAUUGGCUGGAAUGUGUCUGCUGACUGUGAGGUACAGGGUCAAAGUUUACCGCAUAUGUUCGCCAUCCACGGCGAACCAUUCGGGACAUCACUAUCUAUGAGCCAUUUAUUCAAGAUUUUACUGCUAUUAGGUUAUCAUGCAUUAUGUCUGCAUUAGUUGCUUGUCAGAGAUUUAUAUAUGACCCCCCAAGUAUGUUAGGGUGUACAUGGAUUUAUAUUUUCAGGAAAUAUGAAGGGAGGCUGUGUGACCAACAGCCUAGGAGGUGGUUAUGGCUUAAAUAAAGACACAGCUCCUGACUGGAGUUAAGUUGAAGAGGUUUUUACUUCUUUUUUAUUUUUCUUACAUUUUUUUUAACAAAAAUGUAACUUGAUGUGCAUGAUGUAUAUAACUGGUAGCACACAUUGUAAUAAGUGGUUAUUAUAUUUUACAGUACCUCUCAAGGAACUUGUAGAACGUUAAUGGAAGAGCCCUUUAGCCUGGGGAGCAAAAUCGUUUAACAUUUAACAAUAACUCACAUAGAAAAAUAAUUUUCUAUUACUCAAAAACAGUAUUAGAUUUGCAUUGAUUGUUUUUGUUUUCCAGAGGAGAUAAAACACCCAAGCAAGAACAUUCCCCACACAGUAUUCACGUCCAUAACUGCAGUGAUUGUGUUCUAUCUGCUGGUCAACAUCUCAUAUCUAACAGUGCUCUCACCCAGGGAGAUUGUAUCUUCAGGUAUUGCUGCUAACAAUGAGCUACAUUCACUUACUUUUGCUUUAUUUUUCCUUGUUUAUUAACUGCGCACUUACUUUACGCUCAAUUUUAUAGAUGCCAUAAAGAGCCAUGCUGCUGUUUAAAGGAAAUUUCACUUGGAAGUUAGCUUAAUUAAGCAGUUUUUGGGAAUAGAUCAUGCCCCUGCAGCCCCACUGCUCAACUCUCUGCCAUUUAGAAGUUAAAACACUUUGUUUCUUUCCAUGCAGUCAUAGCCACACCUCCCUUGGCUGUUACUGACACAGCCUCCAUGACAAAAUGGUUUAAUUUUCAAACAGAUGUUUACUUACUUCAGACGUUUUUAUCUCUGUCACAUAUUCAUCCGCAUAUAAAAAUGUGGUUAAUGACAUUUACUGUCCACACAGGAAAAGUUGUGCCGAGCAGCAACCAAAUCCACAGAAGGGUUAAUGCUGAGCAGCAAUUAUACAAAUGGUAACCUGGUAACUGCCUUUGGGGUCAAAGGCCUGUUACAGCCUAUCAGAUCUAGAGGAGGGGUAUUUAGGCCCAGUUCUCAUCCUGCUCAGUGCCCUGUCGUGGUUUCCCUUGUGGUUGUCCGAGAGCGCGUUAUUGAUUCUGGUAAUUCUGGUUAUUUGACUUUGGCAUUGUUUUUAACUUCCCUUUUUUCUGGCAUCCCUGACUCCUGGCUUUUCCUUAUCGUUGUGUCUCUUUCUGUUUCCCUUGACCUUGGCUAUUCCUGACUAUUCUUUGGUACGUUAGUCCGGCCAUUCUAAGGUCCGGUAUACGUUACCUAUCAGUCCUCUGUGUUACACAAUUCUACGUGCUGGAUCAUUCUGUAAUCCUGACAUUACGACAGGGCCAUAGAUCCUGUAGAAUUGUGUAAGCACAUAGCUGCUUGCGACAGGAAACUAGAGGAGAAUGAUCACCGCUUGAAUCAAUUUGCCCAGGCUUUCAGUACGCUUCUUACUCGUACAGCGCAUCUGCAACCUGCGGCUGCUCCUACUGUCUCACCUCCGUCUUGUGUACCUCCGCCUAUAGUAUACAAGGCACCAACUAUCUCUUUAUCUCCUCCUCUGCAUUUUGAUGGUAAUUUCCAAGAAUGCCGGGGAUUCCUUAACCAAAUAGAGUAUCAUUUUGAGGCCUCACCGGGAUCUUUUCCACAGACAGAGCUAAAAUUGGUUACCUGAUGAAUCAAUUAAAAGGUAAAGCUUUAGUUUGGGCCAAUCCAUUAUGGGAGAGUAAUAGGAGUGUGGCACACAAUUACCAGGUGUUUAUUACGGAAUUUAAACUUACGUUUGAACCAUUAGGCAGGGAGGAGGACGCCUCUACCACCCUGAUGCAUAUCAGACAAGGGAACCAGUUUAUCUCGGAGUAUGCCAUAGAAUUUCGUACCCUAGCUUCCGAGGUAGACUGGACUAAUAGUGGGUUAAUCUCUGCAUUUAAAAAGGGACUAUCUGAAACUAUGCUUGAUGAGAUUGCCCCCAAAGACUUACCCAAAAAGCUUAAUGAAUGUAUCACUUUUGUCAUGCAAAUUGAUAAUAGAUUGAGAACCAGAGAAGCUACUAGAAACAAGACCAGACACAUGAAUAUGCCUUUAGCACCCCACUUCUCCAAACCUAUUGUCCCUGAAUUUCCUGUACAGUCUGAACCCAUGCAGUUGGGGGUCACUAGACUGUUGGAAGCAGAAAGACAAUAUAGGAGAAAAGAAGGCCUAUUACUAUACUGCGGUAGAAAAGGGACAUAUGAGAAACAAUUGUCCCAUACGUCCGGAAAACUACUGCACCUUAAGGGGACAGGUCUUAGGUUUAAUGGAAACGUCCUCUGGAAUGGAUAAAAAUAGGUUUCUCCUUGAUAUUUCUAUUGCCUUUCAAAAGAAGAACUUUUCUAACUGUAAUUUGAUGGGGACCUUUCCCCCCCCCCUUUUUUCUACUUUCUGUACCCCUACCCACUUAAAUAUGACAAAAUAAAAAUUGUCAAAUUGAAAAAAAAAAAGAAGAACUUUUCAUGCAAAGCCCUGAUGGAUUCAGGUGCCGCUGGAAACUUCAUUGACGUUCAAUUUGUUAAAGGUAAUACUAUACCUUUCAAGGAGAGACUAUCACCUCUAGCUGUUGAAGCUAUUGAUGGGAGACCACUCUCACAACCAUUGAUUACACGCGAAACCUUACCCAUUAAUUUGUCCAUUGGUGCCUUACAUAAGGAAGAGAUUACAUUUCAGGUUAUUGCAUCCCCUUUCUGUCCGAUCAUAUUAGGCUUUCCAUGGCUUAACCCUCAUAUUUUUUUUUAAUGAAUAUAAUUUUUAUUUAUUCUUGUGUUACUUAUGCGGAGAUCGGAGACUCGCAGGUCUCUAAGGUGAGUAGUCAUAAUUUUUCCUUGAAAACAACAAUGUAUGUUUGGGCUCGCAGGCCCACAAUGUUGACGGACUUGCAAGUCCCUAUUUUCCAGGUUCACAAGCACCUUCAAGUACAUCUUACCAUCUGUCAUUUGUUUUCCUAAUUGGGUUUUGUUUACAUGGUUUAUACGUUUCAUGUAUAGUAGCCGGUGGUCUCCUUAUGUUUGUGUUGAGGUUCGCAGACCUCGUAUGCAGCCUUUAUUGUUAGGUGCAGUUCAGGUCCCUAAAUUUAGUGUUGGGCUUUAUGCCUGUAGCAGAUUAAUGUGAGUCUCCCCUUAGUGUCCCGGGUGUCCUGUAUCUAGGGUAUAAUGUACCUGUGUUGAGAGGGUUAUGACUCAUAUUUCGGGGGGGUUUGAACGUGGUUCGUUGCUGCCCUCAGGCUAUGUUGUGGUUAUCCCGUCUGCUCGGUUUAUGUUUCAUUAGGGUCGUGUCUCUUGGAAUUUAUGAGUUGUGUGUGAACCCGUAUGGGUUUUCCGUUCAGGGCCCUAGUGUCUCCUCUAUAUGAAAUAAUUUCUGCUUUGAUUGGGGUAUCGUCCUGUGUGGGUCUUUAGGAGAGAGGGGGUGGGAAAGGUCGGGGUUAGGGUGAGGAGGGAGGUGUCUGUAGUCGUUGUCUCCGUCGUCUGUCGUCUAGUGGGUGUUCUAAGCCUUAACCCUCAUAUUGACUGGGCUAAUGGGGAAAUAUUAGAAUGGGGUAAGGAUUGCUAUGAAAGGUGUAUAUUGAAUGUUGCCAAAAGAGUGGGCACUAUUGGAUUACCAAGAUAUGUUACAGUAUCCCAGUGAGUAGUAUCAAUCGAAAUAAAGACUCUAACACUUUAGUGAGUUUUCCCUUAAAACCUCACAGCAAACAAUAAUAUACAUACAAUUUAAGGUGGAGUUACCCACUAGUACACCUCAAAACCCGGAAAUCCCUAUACAGUACCAAGACAUUAAAGAAGUAUUCAGCAAAACUCAGUUCAUUAUUUAUUCUCCUGACAUUCAGACUCACCGCGAUCACGUUAGACAAGUUCUGCAGACCUUGUUAAAGAAUCAACUUUAUUGUAAAUUAGAAAAAUGCAUAUUUGACCAAUCUGAAGUACAGUUUUUGGGAUAUAAUAUCUCUGCCUUGGGGUUUCAGAUGGAUCCUAAAAAGCUGAAAUCGGUUCUACAAUGGCCUUUACCCACAGGGUUGAAAGCCAUUCAAAGGUUAAUUGGUUUUGCCAGAUAUUACAGAAGGUUUAUAAAGGGAUUUUCUUCAGUAAUAGCCCCCAUCACCAAUAUGACACGCAAGGGGGUUAGCAUUACGAUAUGGUCUAAGGAGGCUAUAGAAGCCUUUGAAAGUCUCAAACAGCGGUUUGCCUCCACCGACAUAUUGAAACAUCCUGACACCAGUAAACCUUUCAUACUGGAAGUUGAUGCAUCAGAGAUAGGGGUAGGGGCAGUUCUUUCCCAGAGGGAGAGCCAGAAUACUCCAUUGCAUCCUUGUGGUUACUUCUCUAGAAAGUUGUCUCCUGCCGAGCGCAAUUAUGAUAUUGGCAAUAGGGAAUUGUUGGCCAUUAUUCUAGCUCUCAAGGAGUGGCAACAUCUUUUAGAGGGUUCCAAGGACCCCCUUUUGAUCAUUACUGAUCACAAAAACCUGGCUUACAUAGGAGAUGCUAAACGAUUGUCUUCUAGACAAGCUAGGUGGUCUCUGUUCCUUUCUCGCUUUACUUUUCUUAUUACUUAUAGACCUGGUUCUAAAAAUGUCAAGGCUGACGCCUUAUCCAGACAGUUUGAUACAGAGUCUAUACAAGAGCAAGAAAAGUCCCAUAUCAUUGCUUCCACUAUCCUUUCAUUGUCCUCUCCGCUGCUUGGCUCCAUCAUGGAGGCUCAGUCUCAGGCGCCCUGCGGUAAACCUCAGGACAAAUUGUUCAUUCCAUUGGGGGAAAGGGUUAAUAUCAUGAAUGUGUUUCAUGACAAUGUGUCUGCUGGUCACCCAGGUAUUAAUAAAUCUACUUCUGCUAUCAUGAGGUCAUUCUGGUGGGAUUCCCUCAGGAAGGAUGUUAAGGAGUAUGUGCAGGCUUGUUCUGUUUGUGCAGUUUCCAAAGGACCUCAUAAACUCCCUUGUGGCUUGUUACAACCUCUUCCCGUUCCUGAGGUCGCAUGGUCCCACUUGUCUCUGGAUUUCAUUGUAGAACUUCCUAGUUCUAAUGGUUAUACCACUAUUCUCAUGGUUGUUGACCGUUUUUCUAAAAUAGUUUACUUCAUCCCUCUCAAGAAAUUACCAUCAUCUCAAGACCUGGUACUGAUCUUUAUACGUGAGAUUGUCCGUCUGCAUGGCAUUCCUCACAAUAUUGUAUCUGAUAGAGGUUCUCAGUUUGUAUCCUGGUUUUAGAGGGCUUUCAAUAAGCAAUUGGGGAUUGAAUUGUCUUUUUCAUCCUCUUACCACCCCCAGACUAAUGGUACAGCUGAGAGGCCCAACCAGUCUUGGAGUUAUACUUGCGUUGUUUCGUUAAUAGCACUCAAGACAAUUGGUCAGAAUUAUUACCAUGGGCCGAGUUUGCUAGGAACAAUGCUGACCAUGACUCCUCUGGGCAUAGUCUAUUUUUUGUUAAUAAUGGCCGGCAUCCUAAUGUCCUACUGGCUGUUUUUUCUGAUACGGCUAUUCCUGCCUUGGAUGACCGUCUGGCUUCCAUCUGUGAUACCUGGGUUAAAGUUCAAUCUGCUCUGGGUACUACUGCUGACACGUCGAGUACCCAGAGUGGGUGAGAGGGUUUGGUUAUCUUCUCGUAACAUCAGGCUCAAAGUCCCUAGCAUGAAAUUUGCUUCUAGGUUCCUUGGACCUUUUCAUGUUCUUUGUAGGAUCAAUCCUGUUGCGUACUUUCAUGUGUCCUUGCUCAAACCUCUUGUUUGCAAUAAAUAUACUGUCUCAAGUGUCCCCCCUCCUCCCUUAGUUGUUUCUGGACAGGAAGAGUAUGAGGUCUCCUCCAUAAUUGAUUCCAGGUUUUCUCGGGGCACUUUACAGUACUUGGUGGAUUGGAAAGGUUAUGGACCAGCCAAACGUUCUUGGGUUCCGGCAUCUGAUAUACAUGCUGGCCGCAAGAUUCGCUAUUUUCACGCCAAAUUUCCUCUCAAGCUUGGCCCUGCCCGCCCGGUGGGCGUUCUUCAGGUGCGGGGUAAUGUCACUUAUUCAUCCGCUUAUAAAAAUGUGGUUAAUGACAUUUACUGUCCACACAGGAAAUGUUGUGCCGAGCAACAAACAAAUACACAGAAGGGUUAAUGCUGAGCAGCAAUUAUGCAAAUGGAAACCUGGUAACUGCCUUUGGGGUCAAAGGCCAGUUAUAGCCUAUCAGAUCUAGAGGAGGGGUAUUUAGGCCCAGUUUUCAUCCUGCUCAGUGCCCUGUCGUGGUUUCCCUUGUGGUUGUCCGAGAGCGCGUUAUUGAUUCUGGUAAUUCUGGUUAUUUGACUUUGGCAGUGUUUUUGACUUUCCUGUUUUCUGGCAUCCCUGACUCCUGGCUUUUCCUUAUUGUUGUGUCUCUUUCUGUUUCCCUUGACCUCGGCUAUUCCUGACUAUUCUUUGUACGUUAGUCUGGCCAUUCUAAGGUAUUGUAUUCGUUACCUAUCAGUCCUCUGUGUUACACAAUUCUACGUGCUGGAUCAUUCUGUAAUCCUGACAAUCUCCUACUCAGUAAAUUGAACUUUAAUCACACUCAGGAGGCUCCUACAAGGUCUAACAAACUAUUAACAGAGAAAGAGAUAAGACAUUUUAAAUUAAACAGAAUUUUAUUUAAAGGAAGUGUAACCAUUAGAUCUCAUGUUACAGGAAGUGUUUAGAAAGGCUUUGUAAUUCAAAUGCAGGAAGGUGUGCCUAGGGUGCAUAAACAGAGUGAUUUAACCUAGAUGGCAGAGAAUUCAGCAGUGGGACCUGCAGAGGCAUGCUCGAUACAUCACAAAUGCUUUAUUAAGCUAAAGUUUUUUUAGAGACUAUAAUGUCCCUUUAAAGAUCUAUAUAUUUAGUAUUAUGUCUCACAGAAUGGCUUUUAGGUGCAACCCAGCUCUGUCAGCAAAUCUGUUUUGGCCAACUAAGUGCAUGCUUUGUGUUACGCUGGCAAUAUAUAGAUAUAUCUGUAAUUAAGUUAUAACUGCAAACUGCAAAUGUUUAUUACUGAUUUUCUUCCCUGUAAAUAUUAAAAAAAGAAAAUAAAAACAUGCCGGAGUCUGGAAGACUCCUGCCUGUUCUAAAGCAAGCACCAUACAGCAUUCAACUUUUCAGUUCCUUAUGUGCUUAUCUCACUCAUAGCACUGAAUGGGGGGAAAGGAGAAGCAAACUACUAACAGGAUGCAUGCUGAAGUUUUUGUGACUACCGCAUAUAAUUACUGAGAAACAAUAAUCUCUUUCAAAAACAAUUAAAUAGAUAAAUAAAUAAAUACAAAUGUGGGGUAUGCUGGACCCUAAACAAAAUGGGUUUGGAGGGUGACGAGUGACCUUCACCAUUUACUCCUCCCAGGGCUUUCAGGUGGAGGAUUAUUGUUUAACAGGGGAUGGAGAUGCUCAAUUUUUGACAAACAAUAGACUUCUCCAUUAAUGUGCUUGUCUAGUAACAUGUAUAUUGAGUGAAGAGUACUUGCUAAUCAGAACACUGAGAUUGAUGGGAUUCCAAGCCAAUCAAUCACAGUGCUGUGACUGAAUAUUCAAAGCAAAGAGGUCUAUAUAAAGCAAAAUAAAUAAACAAAAAAUUAAAUAAAAUAAUAGAUUUAAACCCUUUGCGACUCAUGAUGAAGAUUUUCCAUCAAUGUGGUCCUACCGUUAAGGAAGUAUGGCAGGAAAUUUCUGUAAUUUACUAAAGUUAACCCCAGAUCACAGCGAUUGCUCCGAUCGUGAGGUUAAAGCUGCUGCAGUCUGCCUUUGUGUCUGAGGCAGACGAGCAGCACCCAAUCACGCCAUUCCUGCACAUGUGACUGCUCAUGUCAGAGCAAGCACAUGUUCUUCGGGGACUUCGGACCCGCCUCCCUGCACUUCCAUGUUCAGUGUGAAGUGCAAGGAAACGGAUCAGCGCCGAUCCUCUUUUCUCUGUAAAAAAUUUUUUAUUUAAAUAAAAUCUCACCCUCUUUACCCAAUCCUAAUAAAAAUUAACCCCCUCUAUGCCAGUUGAUCACUGCCUGCAUUUAGCUAGCUGGGCUGGGUGGAAGUUAGUGGGGAAUUGGGGAAUUUGGGGUUAGGUUAGCAAUGGGUUAAGAGUAGAAAAAGUUUUAAAAAGUAAAAGAAAAUGAUUUAAUAAUGAUUAAAAAAGUUUUAAAAGGUAAAAAAAAGUUAAUCAAGUUUAAAAAGGUACAAAAAAUGCUUAUUACCACUACACUUGGUAGAAGCUAGCAAAAGAAUUAUCCAACGCUAAGGUUCACAAUAUGCCUUUUGAAAUACUCCAGGGUGUAUUCUUUAAGAAAUGGUAUGCGUUUGUGGUUUAAUUUGAAUAAUUAACCUGCUAACCUACUCCAGAAUGAGACAUGGACACAGCGUAGAAAGUUUGAAAAAAAACUGGAAUGGCUGUGUCUCAAAUGUGCCCGUGCAACGUCCACAUAUACCUGGCAAAGUAACAUAUGGGGAUAUUGCUGUGUCAGAAAGGUAGAAAAAAAUGCUUAUUGCCACUACACUUGAAAAAUUAUCCCACGCUAACAUUCAAAUAAGCGUUUUGAAAUACCCUGGGAUAUCUUCUAUUAGAAAUGGUAUGCCUUUAUGAGGUAGUUGGAAUAUGUAGCCUGCUAAAGUGCUCCAAAAUGGAACACAAACCCAUAAAAACCAUCAAUGGAAAUUAACACCCAAAAACCUUAAAUUAUCACAUCUCUUUUACAGCACUGUAACUUCACAAAAUAGUGUCUAAUUCAUACAUUGGGCAUAUUGUUUCAGUUAGAAGAUGUAACUGAGUGUAAUUUAGGGAAUCAUUCAGUGUCUCUUCCCUCUGCAUGAUGACACUGGACUUUUCUAAUAGAUAUUGUGACAAACUUACUGCCCUGUGUGUGUUUGUCCAGGAUCUUUUGGCAACUGCACAGCCCUCUAGGGUAAGGAAACCAGGCCAAGACAAAGUCUAGUUUCAAAGGCCUCUGUCCUGUUUAUUUUCUGUUGUUAAGAAGUAGCAGGAUACAAUACGCAGCAAACCUUCUUUCUCCUCAAAACACUUCCCUCACUCCACCCUGCUUUAACUGCAGUUAUAUAGCUGCUCACAGCCCCUACAGGUGAGGCUAAUGAAGGCAGUGAGCCAGAACUCCUCAGAAUACCUGGGCUGGACUCAUACACAGCCACUCUGACAGUUGGUGGAGAAUCGUCCCACCCUGCUCUUCCGAAUACUCCAACUCAGAGACCCAAAUAACAACAUAGAAAAAAACCCUACAUUUCAAGUUAACUUUCCCUGGGGCUGCAUGUGCUUACCCACAUUUCAGGAUAGUGGCUGUGUUACAGUCUGGGUGCCAGAUAUACACCCCUGACCACCAUCACCAACACUCUGUCACAAUAUGCAUUAAUUCAAUACAUCUCUUUGAGGAGAUGUUGAUUGGCUAGGGCUGUGUUUGGCUUUGCCCCGAUCUGCCUCCUUGACAGUCUCAGCCAAUCAUAAUUGGCUCAGAACAACACUUCUGAUGAUGUCAGCCACGCAGGCAGAUUAUGUGCAGAGCCAGCAGCUGCAGACUUGAACAACAGUAUGAUUUUACUAUAUUUAGAGGGGCAAGGGAGGGACAGGGGGGCUAGAUGGGGGUCUUUCUAAUUACAUGGUGGGGCAUUGCAAACCAUAGCAUGUAUUAAUUUUAGGGCUCAAAAUUUCAAGCUGCAUGCUACUAGACUGGCCUAAAAGUUCUGCAACUCUGGCGAGUCAAUGGCACACACCAGGCAUGCAUUUCACUCCUGGCACUCAUUUCGAUGUUACUUUGACACGUAUCACUACAGUCGACAUACACCCCUUCAUGGCAUUACCUCUGCUGAAAUCUCUUUUCUUCCAGUCUCAAUGUCAGACCUCAAUUGUACAAUUCUGUUAAUGAACAAAUCACCAGAGAGCUGUUUAUACAGACAUUGUAAUUAUUGAAAACAUACCUACCGAGAUGCUUUUUUUUGUAUAUUAAUAAAUGCAUGCUUUCUAAUCCAUCUUCAUAUAUAAUGUCUUCCAUUCCCUUAUUAAAUGCUUUUGGCAUUAACUAAAAGAAGCAAUAUAUGGUUUCUAAUUAUAAUAGUUGGUAAUUGUAAUCAAUAUUUAGCAUUUCAUGGUAAUUACUCACAUGGAGAUGUUAUGUAAUUGCAGCUGCAGUCUCGGUAACAUGGGCUGAUAGAACAAUUCCAACAGUGGCCUGGAUUAUCCCUGUGUCAGUUGCUGUCUCAAUAUUUGGUUCUCUCAACGGUGGCAUAUUUAUGUUAGGAAGACUAAACUAUGCUGGAAGCAAGGAGGGUCACCUGCCAUCCAUCAUAUCCAUGAUUCAUGUGCAAUAUUUAACCCCAGCACCAGCCAUGAUCGUCUCAAUAAUUAUAGCAUCUAUUUUCGUCAUCCCUUCUGACCUCCUCUCUCUAACAAACUACUUUUCAUUUUGUUUCUGGCUUUUGAUUGGCCUGACUACCGUAAGUCUGAUUGUUCUACGUUAUCGUGAACCUAAUCUUCACAGGCCAUACAAGGUAAGAUAUUUAAUUAACACAUAUUUUCUUUAAGGUUUUAAUGAACUACAAUUGCUAUAUUUUCUUGCAAUAAAAUUUAAUAGUGUAGCUAUUAAAGGGAAGAUCUUAAAACAAAUAAAUUAUUAGUUGUUUUACGUUCACUUCACAAUUUACCUUAAUCAAACUCAGCAAUGUGUGUCUCAGAAGAUUUACAAACUAUUUCAAAGAUUGCAAUAUAUAAUCAGAAACAUUUUGUACUGCUAUUUGUGUCAUAACUCGACAAAUAUUAUAAUAUUUCUGUUAGCUCUUUAAAAAGAGCUUUACGUUUCAUUUAUACAUGGUGCUAGCAGUUUUAUUUUGAAAAUAUUUUUUUUAUCUGACAUGCGCAUAGUCUUCUGCUCUUCUGUUCUCCACCUAAAGCAACCACAGAACCUUCACUGUGAUUGCUAUGGAAAACUCUAGCCAGUGCUGCUAGUGGCUAGGGAGUAUAGGAAUAGAGUAACAUGAAACCAGCUUGUUGUUGUCACUAUAAGAAGGUUUGCCCUGUUUUGAGAAGUUACCCCAAGCAGGGCAAAGCACUAAAGAGCAGAGGAGGAGCGUGGGCUCUCUGAUGCGAUCAUAACAGGGGGUGUUCCUUUUAAGCACAAACUAACGUUUGUCUUUUUUUUCUGUUCCAGGUCUUCCUUCCAAUUGCAUAUGGAGUUGUUGCAGUGACUUUAUUUUUAGUGAUUGCUCCAAUCGUACAAAGUCCAAAAGUUGAAUAUUUCUAUGCUUUGCUGUUUAUGUUGAGCAGCCUGAUUGUGUAUUUUCCGUUUGUAUAUUUCAAGUUGCGUCUACCCUACUUUGAUAAGAUCACAUGCUUUUUACAGCUUUUCCUUGAAGUGUCACCCACUAAUAUAUAUGAAGACUGUAAAGAUCAGUAA